AGUCUGAAAGAAAGAACCCCUGCAGAUAACAGAGAUCCUGCGCAGGAAAGAGGAACAGUGAACAGUGACUGGAUCUCCUCAAGUGUUAGGCUGUAAGUGACAUGUCAGUUUACCGAGUUCACAUAAACUCUUACUGCAGUCCUUCAAACUCCAGUGAGGGACUUUAUGUGACCAUUUUGGCAGACUCUUACUCUUUACUGUUUUGUGUCCUGGGCAUAUAUAAAUCACAGCUCUGAUCAACCUUGCUGUAUGCUAUCAAAUGUAUUUGUCUUCAGAUGUAUAUCACUCAAUAUAUACCCUCAGGGGUAGGAUCAGACCGGGUUUAGAUUUAGUGUCAGUUUAGUUCAGGAUGUGGUCUUCACUUUCUUUUACUUUCUUUUUGUGAGACUGUAAGUGGAAGUGGGGAUGAUUUAUGUGACUUCAGACAUGUAGAGAGCUAACAAUACCUCUGAUAAUAAUUAGUAUUGACUAUCACAUCCUGAUUUUAAAUUAAAACGCAUGAUCAGCAGCACAGUGACCCACAGUGAGGUCAGCACUAAUGUACAACAUAAAUCAACCGAUUUAAAAAGAUUGUUUUAACAGUAAAACAGUGAGAUUGGUCUUACAUUUAGGUGUCUAUUUGUUUCAACAUGACAUGAGUAAACCGCAAUGGCUUAUUAUAUAAACAGAAAUAAUAACCUAUUGAAACCCAUAGCUUUGGUUCAGACAGAAUCAUUUAAUAUUCAAAGACAAGAAAAAAGCUGGUCUAUGAAACUCUGGCUUGAGAAAAACAAAGAUCUGUCGGAUUCAUAUAACCUAAAAGAAACAUAAAGUAGACUCGAGUUUUGUUGGACGCAUAAAGACAACUUUCUUGGUCCUAAUUAAGCUAGGAACUACAAUAGUGUAUACAUAAUCUAUCCAACAUUUAAUUGAUAUUUUCAGUCUUACCUUAACUCUUCUCUGAUAUGUGAGUUCACGCACUUCUCGGUCUUGUCAUGUCGGUUUCGAAGUACAUUUGCGAUGUAUGGUGAUUGGCAUUCAAACGACUUCCGGGUCUCAAUGAUACGUCACUUUAAAGAGUGUUCAACGGUCAUCAUGGUCAAGAUAAUUCCGUUAAACAAUAAACUGACCAACACUGAUGGACCACCAAACUGCUAUAUGACUCAAGGAUGAAUAUCAGAUAUCACGCUUUUCUUUUUGAUCAGAUUCAGAAGUGCCGGGUUUGGUGUGAGGAAUUAUUAACAAACAUCGAAAAGUAUCGUCACAAUCACAUCUGUAGAGACUAAACAAGUUCUUGUAGUUCAGCUAAAUUAAUUAAUUAUAUGGUUUAACUUUUUUUCAAAUGUUUAUAAACGUCAAUGUUGUGCCUUAUUUACAAUAACAAGACAAUCAUCAAGCGGAGCCCUCUACGCGCAUGCGCAUUUCACGCAGCAACGUCUUAGUGAAGGGUGAGUGAAUUAUCUUGCGUUUUCAUAAAAGAUUCCGGUCAGAGAGAUAUCAUGAGGAGUUUCAUUUUGGCUACAUUCUCAAUAAUUAUUUUCCCCUUUCUUCUUGAACUUUUGUGUUUGAAUUAUCAUUUAUCUAAUCUGAUAAAACUUUAUCUAAAACUCAUCUGUUGUCUCUCCGCUCUUCCUGCCUUAUAUGUGCAGGUUUGAGUGGUUACAACUUUGUGGCAUGUUGUUUUAUCGUCGAAACCGAUAAAAUCAAACAGAGACCUCAAAACUGUGUUGAUGAACAUUGUAACCUUUUUAGAGAUGUAGUUCUACUAUGUUUGCCCAAACAUAGGCCCACCUGUUCAUUCUGACAGUUAAGACUACAGAAAUGGGGGAAUAAAAGAAAAUACUGUUUGAUUUUAUUUUACUUGUUUCUCUUAUGUGGUGUUUCUAUCCUACUUUCAAAAAAGAAAGUACAGGUUUGUUGACAUGAUGACGCUACAUUGACUCACGCAGACCGCGCCCAUUUGGGCGGAGUUUGGUGACGUUUCAGGACGCAGUCAGGGCUGUUACUGAUAAACAAGUUUGAGUUGAAAACAAUCCUUGAAGGCCACCAGAGAACCUGGACCCUUUACUGAACAACGACUUCACCCGAAGAAAAAAAAGGACUUCCUACUCAGGUGAGCGAUGAAAUCUGUGCUCAGCAGUGAAAAGGUCAACGUUUUACCGGGAUGGAGUUCAUUCCUCUUUUGUUCUCCACUGUCUCCGUUGUCUGUGCAACCUUUUGAUCUGAUUUCAGUCUGAAUCCCCUUGUAAAGCUUCUUCAUACUAAAGCUGGAAAAAAUACCUUAAUCCAAGCAGCAGCUCUAACAUGAUGAGUGCAGCUCCAGGGCUCCCAGCUGUUUUUCUCACCUGUUUUCCUCUGUGUGUUUUUCUCAGUGUGUUUUCCUCAGUCCAUAUGAUGUUGUAACAGUCCUGCAGAUGUUCUGUCACGGACAGGCUUUAGUGCAGUAUUCUGAGGGAGUGGACAGUUUUCUACAGUAUGCCUGUUGUACAGGGCUGGGGUCUGGUUACAUUAAUCCAGGGCAGACACCACCAAGCAGGCAGAAAGGCAUCCAGACACUCAGGGAAAACACGCAUCUAUUUUUGGGCCUAUGUUUGUCUAUUAAACGACUAGAGUUGUACUUAAUGUGCUUAUAACGUGUGUUAUAUGAGUAAUUACAUACAUAUUAUGUUGUAUUGAGGUUGAAUAUCACACUUUGAUCCAACACUUUUCAUGUUAUGUUGUGGACAUAGUUUUUCGUGGACAUUUUAACAGUUGAGAGAACAAAGUGGUCCUCAACAGAUUAUCAGCUAGUGCAAAAACUGGAGAACUUGAAUUCUACCUUCAUUUUAGCUUCUUGUAUUGCUAGGGUCAGUGUGUUAUUUGAUCUACCCUGUGAUCUGCCAGUUUGGCAGUUAUCAAUUAAUUGAAGUGUUGUGUUUCAGUGUAUUAUUAAAUAUGUCACAAAAUGUAAAAGUAAGAACAGACAUAGAGGUUAUUCAGUUUGAUGGUGAAGGUCGGUCAGCUGUCGGUUGAGGUCAUAACUUCAAGUUUUUCCCUUCUUCAUGGAAGAAAUCUGAGUCUGUUUCACAGCUUAUAUAAGUUGGCUGAAAUCAGUGUAAUUUUAUCCUCUUAUGUCAUCAUACUCCGUCAGACAUUUCACUUUUAAACUGACCUCAGGACUCACCGUCACAGCAGCGUAACAGCUCAGUCUGCUCAGGUUUCUCAGAUUGGUAAAGGCAGCGGUAGUUGAUAUGGAGCCAUGGACCUGACGGGUCCUCAGUUUUUUUCUGGAACAGCCACUAGAGGGACCCAUAGAUGUUCUUGAUUUUUCUGAAGACACAAAGUGCAGGUGGAUGAGGUUUUUAAGAUCAGCUUAAUGUUGAUUUUCAAGAUAAAAUUGCAAAUCUAUCUGAGUUCAUCAACCCUAAUGUAACUGUUACUCCACUGUGUCUGUCAUGGAUCACGGGCUGACAGAGAGGCUGAAAGAUGAUCGGAAAGAUUCUCUCUCACCUGCUUGGGAACUCAGGUGAAGACUUAGAGGUUGCAGAAGAAGCUUAUGAUGAACUGAUGGAGUUUGAGGAGGGAGGAUGGGUCAUCGUUGAUCUCCCAGGUAAGAGUUAAACCCUGUUAUUAUGUUAUUGAUAUCAGUAUAAUUGAAAAAGUUCCCCCUGGCAGACAGAGUAUAAGAUGAAACUGAUCUGUUUUGUUUGGGGUUUCUCUUAAACAGAGACCCAGGAACUGGCAGUUCCUGAGGUGGGUCCUCUGGAGAACCUGCUGAUCGAGCACCCCAGUAUGUCGGUCUACCAAAUGAGGCGGAGAAUGAGCGGAGCAGAGGAGGAGGGAGGCUCUGAUGGUGAUGAAGAGGACACCUCCAGGUUACUUUCAAUUUUAUCUUCCAACACAUUUGUCUUGGAUCUUGAUCCCUCAAUGAAUUUUUUUUUUUUUACAUUUACAGCACCUAGUUUGUAAAAUAAGUGAGACAGACAUGUGAUAUUUAAUCUCUGAGGCUUGAGUCAAUCAUCAGGCCUCAGAGCUAAGUGGCAGAACAAAAAAUAAAAUGUCAUGGGAUCGGUGAUUUAUGAAGAUUUAACAAACAGAUAUUUCAAAUGACUUUCAUUCAGCCCUACAGUUUAGACAUUUUCACAUUCAAACUGUGUGUGGUAUUUGUGAGCUAAACAGAGAGCGGUUAAAUCAAAAUGUAAAGCAAUGCGUGUUAUGAAAAUUGAAAUUAUAUGAAUAAAAUUAAUGUAUCAAAUAUAAAAGCAAAUAUAAUUCCACAAACACAAGUCUCUGACACACACUAUACUGCCUUACACUGAGACUGUGAACUGACAAUUAUUAACCUUUAAAGCUAAAGGGCAUGAGCCAAAAGGAAGUACUCUUUUAAACUAGUACAACAUCUGUCAAAUCUAUGAAAUGUCUUUCUGAGGGUGCACAGUGGUUAAUUUGGUACAUCGACACAUUAAAGAGGGCUAAAGAUGUUUAAUAUAUAAUACCCGAACAGAGUAGGCCACAAAGACCCUCAAGCAUCCUGGACUUUUAUUUCUCAUCAUAUUUCAUACUAAAACUAAUCACACCUGAGUGGUGUAGUAUUGCAUCAGACUACCAGGAUGUGGGCUGCCACAAGAUUCAGAUCCAGCGGAUGUCCCUGUGUUUGUAGCUUCCAAGCAUUAAAUCCUUUUUGGCAAAAAGAGCUUUAAAGCUCCACAAAGCUUCAUCCACCAUGUCCAGUCUGUUCUAUGGCCUAUAUCCAAUUCUUGGACUAUAAUACCAACAUACUGAUGAUAUCAAUAUUUAGAGGCUGAAAUCAAGAGUAUCCCAUCUUAAACUACUUAUUUUGUGUUAAGCCAACAAUGAUCCAUAAUAGUGACCUUUGCACUGUGCCUGUUUAGCCCCACCACAGUGAGGCGGCACGUCUCCUGGCAUCUGGCUGCCUGGGGAAUCCCUCUGCCCUGCAACGCCAAGCUGCUGGCCGCCCAAAGAGCCAGAGCUCAGCAUGAGCGCAGGAAGCUGAACCGCAGUGCCCUCCACAGACAAAACCUGGCUAAGACACGGUUCUGUCCAGCAGAGAGACGCUACGGACACUUCAAGCAGCCAAGCCGGCGUCUCUACAACUAUUGAAUUGAUAUGAUUGAUCGCUUUACAGUCACCUCCAUCACAGUGCCUCAGCUCUCAGUUACUCAGGUUGUCCACCAGUGUUUGAUCUCUUGACUUCAGUUAAGACUCACUUGAUCCCUCAGUUUGGGAGGAGUUCAUAACCAAAACUGUCAUUUUCAUCUUGAAGUCUGCAUAUGACAUUAGAAACGAGAACAGCUGAUUUGUUUGAUUUAUUGUUUUUAGAUUCACUUUCAGGAAGUUGGGUUUGUGUUAAAGCUCCUGAGAUGAUGUUACAUUCACAGUGUGUCACACUGAUUUGAUAGACUGUUGUAUUUUCGGCGCGUUGUUGCAUUCAGAGUUGAAUUGUGUGCAUUAGAAUUAGCAGUUUUUUGAAAAGUGUAUCCAGUGUUACUUUCAAACCAUGGUAAACUUUGUAAUAUUCAUGAAAAGGACAACAAAAUUCUGAAUGUGAAUUUCCUAACAUUACUGUUUUUGUUUCUAUGUGACUUUGGAGGAUGGAUUUUAAAGCCACUGUUCAUGUUCUUUUUUAAAUUGAGGACACCAUUUUAUACUUUCAGUGAGUGCUCAACAUUUUCAUGUCACAGUUUUUUCAAUGUUAUGUGUUUUUCAGAAUGUGUGUGUGUAAUUUAUGAAAUGUAAAAAAAAAAGGAAAUAAAUCUUGUUUUUUUAA